AUGCCUGCUCAUCCGUCGCGUCUAUGGAAGAUAGGCGCCGCUGGGCUGGUCUUGGCAGCGACUGUGUGUUUGUUUGCCCUUACAGCACGGGAAGAUCAGGCUGCUUCUUUAUUUGGCAGAUGGUCACCUCAAUCAGCGAUAGUCUCAGCGCCAGAAAUGGGAGUGAAUGCGGCCAAGCGGCUCCAUUCUUUGUUUCAGCAGCAAAGGUGGGCGCAGUUGUUUUCGCAAGCAGCAGAGCAGAGGAAGGAGUUGACGCAAGCAUUGUCGCCUCUGACCUUCAGGAAUGGAAGAUAUCCCUCGAAUGUCAUCUCUGAGAUGGGGCGAAAUGAGCAGUUGAGAGCAAGUACCCUCAACCAAGCAAACCUUGAUCGUAAAAGGGCGGCUCCUCCUACCGGCCCUCCUCUUUCAAAGCGCACGCAGCUGAGUGCUAUUCCGUAUGCAACCUCUUCUUCCGAGCAGCAUCCCGCAGACUUCAACGUCUAUCAAACAUACGACUAUCUCCCGGCUCCAGAAGGCUACGGGGUUUCUGACGAGGAUGCUGCUAAAAUGUGGCGAGAGAGCCAACGAGAUUAUCUAGAACGGAACCCGAGCACCACAACGUAUCCUGCCGUCCCUGUUGUCUUCCGUGAAGAUCCUGAUGGUGGACAUACUGCUGCUACUUCCUACCCAGAUGACUAUGUGGAGGGAAGCACAGCCUCAGAAUCUCCCACUUGGUUCCAAUCCUCCAAAUCACAGCUCCUUCGUGAUAGCAGGCAUGGACAUAGACAUGAGAGGCGUCCAGUGCGCUCGGUGGACGAGGAUGGGGCUGAUGCACUCCGGGAUGGUGGAGCUGAUCGUGUUCCUAGAAGGAGACGGAGCUCUGAGCCGAUGGACUUGCACGCGAAUCAGGACAAGAGGGAAAAGACUGGAACAGAACAAUCCCAUAGGGAAGUUUCCUCCGAGUCCAGCAAAAGGCCUGCAGAAGGGAAGGCCAAGAGACCUCCGCAUGUGGAUGCAGCUAUCGCAGCGUUGUACAGGUGGGAGAGAGAGCACGGUGUGGACGAUCAGAAGGCAUGGGAGGAUGAAGGUGCUUCGAAGCAGCACGUCAAGCCUGCACAGAAUGAUGCUCAUUCCUCACACGCAGAAGAUAUGUUUGAGAUCAGGAAGGCAUUGAGUGACAUCAGAGACUUCGAGGACAAGACGGAGAAAAACACUGAGAGUUUGAAGAGCCAGAUCAAGAAGCUUGCCGUGAAGGAGGGGGAGGUGGAGCAUCACAUUCGAUCUGGCCUGCUGCAGGAUCGUAAGAACCUCGCAGCUCAAAGACUCUAUCAAAAGAAACUCGAUGAGUCAAGGGAGUCUCGUCAUGAGUCCAGUCCCUCCUUCUAUCAUCAGCAAUCGACACAGUCGCUCCUUCAAAAGGUGCCAAGGACCGACGAGGAAAGGCCAGCAGAAGGAAGCAGUCACAUCAGAUCGGAGAAAGUAGAUGUUCACCAUGAUCGGUACAACGUGAAGAGGGACUCGGUCCCAUCUCAGACUGUCAAGACUCGUAAGUCCUCUGCUCACCAUGAGAAGGAGUCUCAUAUCAAGAUUCCCAAGGAGGUGCUCCGACAAGCAGAUCAGUUGAUCAAGCAAAAAGCAGUUCAGGAAAUGGCGAAAGAGGAUGAGAGAAGUAUAGAGGACGACACCAACUUCAUCUUCGGGGGGAUGGACAAGGACGAGGAAGGCCAUUCAUCCACAUCAGGAGGGUUUACAAGGCUGCAUUCUAUUGAGAAGAGCAUUCUAGAGAAGUUGAUACAGAAGCAUGACAGCGCCGAGAAGAAGAAAGAGGCCGAGGAGCGCCUCAAGAAGGCAGCCAUGCACAAGGUGAAGUAUGAGGUGCCUCUAGCACCCUCGGCGUCUACCCACAAGCCUAACAAGGCAGUUGUGCCUUCAAAGAAGGAAGUCCAGGCCCCCGCUCCUGACAGCGUACAGUCUCGGGCGCUGGAGUUUGUGAAGGCGUUCGACGGAAUCGGGGGUCAUGCUGAACAUUCUAAGUUCUUCAAUCCUGUGGAUAGAGAUGCGAUGUUGUAA